GCACAACGAUCAUCAAAGAUGGAUUUCCGAUCGAGAAUUCUAUUCUCUCAUGUCCUGCUAAAACUUACGUUGAGAUCUGAUCUACCUAAACCGUUGCUUUCAAAUUCUUAUACAAACUCUUCAACUCCUCCAUACACCUCUUCCGGUGAAUCAUACAUGAGAAAUUUUGCUAAAAAAACCGCAAAAAGACCUCCGGCUACUUUAGGAACGAAAGUUUUGUUAUCUGUUAUUGGCCUUGUAUCAAUGGAUCUUUUUUAUGCAUGGUCGAGGAGCUUUUAUAAUGAGUAUCUCCUACAUAAAACUGUUCAAAAUGGUAAUAAACCUGAACUUAAUAUACCAGAACAUUUGCUCGUGCAUCGACCGCAA